UUUCCAAUACCUGAUUGUAGCACUUGUAGACAUAUUCUUCUUUUUGAUGUAUUUAUAUAUAAGGGCAAAAACUAUAAAACUUGUAAUAGUUAUAGAGGUGCAAGAACUACUAACCAAAAUAAUUUAGAAGCAUUUGUUGAAACAAUUUUAAUAUAUGAAGUUAGUGACUAUAUCACAAAUGCAACUGAUAAUCUAGAAAAUUAUAUCAAGCUUUCUUUUAAUUUUUAUAUUUGA